AUUUUAUACUUCAGUUCAUUUUCAUUUUUAACAGCUAAAUAAUAUAUAUAAAUAUACAACAAUAUAUUAUAAACAUAUGUCAAUUGAUCAAAAAAAUUGUGUUCUUAACAAUAGAUCCACGCAUUCAUAGACAGAUUAAUUCAGAUUAAUUCAGAGCACCAAGCAGACAGGUCAGUUUGCAGACAAAAUAUUCACUUUCUGCAUCUAUAAGGCGGUUUUCGCAAAUAUAUAUUUUCAAUAUAAUAAUACACGAACAAAUCUGAACAACUUUGUGUCUCGUAACGUUAUUUCAAAUAUCAACUGAAUUUGAACAAUUUCGGUUUAAAAAAGUUAUUUUCUGACCAGUUUUGAAUAAUUAUAUCAAAAUUACUUAAUAUCCUUUCCAACUGAUCAAUCUUGAGUAUUGUCAAAUUGUUCUGCUUACUGACAGGUCUGCUUACGCAGUUGUCUACUUAGUGUAGACCAUUGAUCAGCUUUUCAAAUCUGGUAUUUGUUAUGUUGAGAAAAGCUCGGUUAUUUUUUGCACCAUUUUUUAUUCAAUGGCUAAUAAUUGGGAUUAUUUACUUGAAUUUCCAGCCUGAAAAGCUGGAAGACGCAAAUAGCAAAAAGUACCCCAUGACAGUAACCCCCUCUCGCCGAAACUUAUUUUUUCAACAGCCUCAAAAAUCGUUCCGUUAUCUCAUUGUACGAUAUCUGAGUAAUGACCUGCCACCUUUGCACUCAGAAAAUCAAACUUUUCUAAGCACCAAAUUUAUUGUUGAAAACGAAAAACUACCCAAAAACUUUUACCGGCUCUGGAUUCUGCAUUCGAUUAUUGAUGGAGAAAAACUGCGAAAGUUAAUCAAGCUACUUAAGGAGCACAGCGAAUGGUUUUUUAUCAAUCAAAUUGAUCGCAGUCUGAGUUUGAGAGGACUUUACAGGGGAUCGUUUAAUGUCAAUAGAGCCCGAAAUCUGGGUCUCGAGAUUGGGUUCGAACAUGGAGCGGAUUGGGUUUUCCUUCUAGACGGCUGCACGUUUGUUACCAAUGACUCUUUAAACUUGCUAAGCUCAUUUGUUCAAAAGGAAAAAUCACAUGUUAUUCAUUUUACACCAACAGUAAGAUUAGAACAGUUGGUUACACUCAAUUCCAACUUAAGUUAUGACCACUUAUUUCCGUUUUUUACUGGUCUACAAGAAGCCCAUAUUGGAAUCAAACGUGAAUUCUAUGUCCAGCAAAGUAGGAUCGAAUCUCGCUCGGGACUCAAAUUUUUCCCAGAAGGGAAGUUAUACGGAAACAGAGAUAAAUUACAGCUAUUAGGAAGAUUAUUUAGUGAGUUAGGCGAAGAUCAGAUUCAUUGCAGAUCCGUUUUUAUUGGAUAUCACAGAACAAAGUCCAAAUCACCGACUGACGACUACGACAUCAUCAGAGAAUGUGGAUUUGCUAUCCGACUGCCAUACUAUCUGGAUGACUCGGCUCCUAUCGACCAGCACAUACCUCAAAAAUGGCGCCAAAGAAGAAGAAAUCUCUCGAUAAAAAAUUUCGUGAAAAAGCUGGAAAAGAUUGAAGAUAAUUUUAUCUGGGACAAAGUUUUCGGUCCCAAAAUUCAAUGAAAAAAAAGCUAAAUUAUUGGUGAUUUCUGUGUUUUCCGAUCAAUUUUAACCAUAUCAACAAACUUAUUGAAAUCACUUAAAAAUAAGGCACUAACAUUAAGGACCAUGACUUACCACAAUUUAUCCUCAGAUGUAUUGACUCAUUUGUAUCAUUACUGAUUGAAGAAUUUAAUGUGACAACCUAUGGAAGCUUUCAUGGAUAAACUUGUAAUUAUUUGAAAUUUUCUAUCGAACUCCAUAGUGAUAAUUUUUUGUUAAUAUUAAUGACGCCUUUGUAAAUAUGUAAAUUGUAAAUGUGAAAUUGACAU